AUGGAGGAAUUACAUCGGGCUGCUUUAGCAUAUUACAACAAUGGGGACCGUAAUCUUCAGCUACUAGCAUCAAACUUCUUCCAAUCCAUGGACCAGAAUGGCGACGGCAUAGUCAACCUAGCCGAGUUCGUGACAUUUCUCCAGCAAAACGGCUACGGUUGGAUUGGCCGUAACUUCUUCUAUGAUCUGGAUCGCAACCUUGUCGGCGGUCUGGAUUUCCAUGAAGUGCUCACAUUUUACUACAUAAUUAAGACCAGGAACUUGUGGUGCAGGCGAUGUGGAGUGUGGCUCACAGGGCUGUAUUUUACGUGUGUCGAGUGCUUCGACGGAGCCCCCGAUAACUAUGAUCUAUGUUCUGGUUGCUACUCGGGUAGGGGUUUAUACACCACCACACCUGCUUCUUGGAUAACCAUAUCCUGCUCAGAUCAAAGAGAAGACAAGGUACUGGUCUUCCAAACCUCAAUCUGGUAA